AUGUUUCAGCAUCCUCCUCACAAAAUACCAUCCAAGCAGUGGCCGAGCUGCAAGCAUCAAGCACGUGCAUCAUCUAGAAAGAACCACAUCAUUAACUCAAAGCCUUGGUCUCCUUUUCGGUCACGUACUGACUUUGAAUUUGCAGAGAUUGCCCUUGAGGCUGCGCUGAACAAGGAUCAGAUAACAAGACUAAUAAAUCUGAUUCAGUGGUGUGGGAAGAAGCCAGAUUCAUUCACAUUGAAAAGUCACACCGAGCUAUGUGAAGCAUGGAAAGCUGCUGCCCAUGAUCUCACACCGUUUUCUAAAGUAACGAUUUCAGUUCCUUUCCGAAAUGAAGAGCAUCAAUUUGAUGUCCAUUUCCGGCCACUGUGGGACUGGGCAUUGGAUCUAUUAAAUGAUCCGGAGCUGGCACCACAUUUUGUCUUCAAUGCUGAAAGGCUUUCAAAAUAUAAUGGCCGGUCUUUUGUACAAUUUUUUGAUGAGCCAUGGACGGCAAAGGAUUUUUGGGAUAUUCAGUUGAAGCUCCCUGAAGGUGCAAAGCCAUUUUGUUUCAUUUUGUAUGCGGACAAGACAAAGUUGUCUUCGUUUGGUUCUACAAAAGGUUAUCCGGUUGUUGCACGUUGUGCAAACCUGCCAGUUGAUAUCCGCAAUAGUAGAGGUGUGGGAGGUGGUCGAGUUGUCGGGUGGCUUCCUGUGGUGCCGGAAGAUGAGGCUCAUAAAGGCAAAACAACAUUUGCCAACUUCAAGAACAUUGUCUGGCAUGAGGCAUUUUUGAAGAUUCUCGAGUCUAUUGAACCUCUCUCAAAGACAGGAUACUGGCACGAGGACAUUAUUGAUCAUAUUCAGCGACAUCUUUUCCCUAUUAUGUUGAUUUUGUCAGCUGAUUACGAGGAACAGUGCGCAAUGGCCUCAACACGAGGGGGAAAGUCCAAAUUUCCAUGCCCAGUUUGUCUGGUUCCGAAAACAAAACUAUCUGACCACAGUCAAAAGUAUGAUAUUCGGACCAGUGUCAAAUCUGAGGCUACAGUAAGAAAUGCAAAUUUUCAGCCAACGGAAGCAGAAAAAGAAGAGAUUUUGAAAAGCCAGGGGCUUCGGCCUGUUAAUAAUGUAUUCUGGAAGCUUGGGUACUCUGAUGUCCAUCGUGCCUUAUCUUGGGACCGAUUACAUGCCCAUCAUACUGGUUUAUGGGGUCAUCAUCUUUGGAAGGAGCUCAUAUUCUGGAUAUAUCAGCUUGGCCGGCCAGCUGCAAUACAACUUGAUGAUCAGUUUAAGAAAAUGCCCCGAUGGCGUAACUUGAACCAUUUUGAUAAUGUUGUCAGUUUAGAAUUUGCAGAUGCUACGAAGCAUGAAGAUAUUUCUAAGGUGUGGCACUAUUUCCCAAUUUUCAUGGAUGCCCUGAAAAUCUUUUCUCAGACAAUGGAUGAAUAUAUCAAGGCUAUUGAAGGAACCCGUGAGAAGGACAAGGACUGGAACUUCCCAAAAAAACACACUAACAUCCAUGUUUUCGAUGACAUUGAAGCCAAAGGUGUUACCCGAAAUUAUAAUACUAAGCCGAAUGAACAGCUACAUGGGCCUCUCAAAGAUUCAUAUCAGCUGCGAACAAAUUUCAAAGAUGUUGCCGAGCAGAUUCUCCGUGCAGAUCACUGGUGCUACGUGUCAAAAUAUAUUCGCCAGAACAUCACAGCAUUUGACGAUAGCCUAAGACCUGACCCAACAAUACAAGAUUUCAACGAUGUGGAUGAUAUUACAAAUGCUAGUGGUCCCGUUAACGACGGAACUGGUCAUGUUUCGCUGGGCUCAAUACGCCCUUCAGUGACAUUUCAGGCCCUGGAGCAGCUGCAGAAAGAUGAUGUUGCAUUUAAUGGAUUUCGCAUAAAGCUUGCUAAUUUUUUGAAUAAUUUCCUCCCAUCUAUCAAUGUUCCACUGCCUGGGGGCAGACAUAUCAAACUUAGCACGGCAGACAAGAUCACCGAGUAUCGGUUUCUGAAAGUUAACUACGAAUCUUUUGUCGACUGGCGGCAAUAUACGGACUAUUUGCGAUGCAGUCCAAAGUUCUACAACCACCCACGUUAUGACUGUGUCCUGCUCCAAACGACAAAUGGGGCGAUUUUUGCUCGCCUAGUGUUCGUCUUCACAUGCAGCAUUGACAAUGCCACCUAUUUAUUGGCGCUGGUUCAGCCUUAUGAUGCUCCAACAGGCCAGCGCAGAUGCAAAGAUAAAGAUUUACAGCUUUGGAGGCUUCAUUCAAAGCUGCGCUCUGCAACUGAAAUCGUUCCUGUUCAGUCUAUCAUCCGUGGUGCAGCAUUGGCACAAGACUACGAUAAUCCUGGAGAUUUCUUUGUCAUAGAUACUAUUGACACUGACUGGUUCUUACGGAUAAAAAAGAUCUGGAAUGGAUCACUUCAUUCAUAA